AUGCACGCCUCGGUAUUUGGCUCGUCGAUUUCUCUAACAGUCCCUUCCACCCCUCCAUCGGCUGGAAGGUCACGAGCCCUGUCACUCACAUCACCUCCGUCGUCGAUUCCUGGACAGCCACCAGACACAACGCCAAACACACAGCAACGUUUCAGAAGUGCAUCUGAAGUCUCAACCCCCAUCACUCAAACUUCAGCCGUGAAUCCUCCGUAUGAUGCCCAGGCCGAAUCGGCACCCGCACAUUCUUUUUUUACCCCGGUUUUUCAGACAGCGCUGAAGAAUGGUUCCACGAUUGCUAAAGACGCCUUCGCUUCCAUGGAAAAACUGGGCUCGUGUGGUCUAGCCGAGUCUGAUGCGGACCUGAGGAGAUUGAUGGAAGACGCAAAGGGUUUGAGAAAGUUCCAAGGCUCCGACACCCGAACAAUUGCUGUGUUGGGUGACUCUGGAGAAGGCAAGAGUAGCCUGAUCAACUCACUGCUUCACGUUCCAGAGAUCGCUCAGACGGGAGAUAUUGGUUCUGCAUGUACCUCGGUUGUAACCGAGUAUCGACAGAAAAAGGCGGAGCAUGUCGCUCCUAUCACGAUAGAAGUGGAAUAUCUCUCUGCUUCUGGAAUGAAGGAACUUGUGACUGAACUCCUCUGGAGCUACAGGCAGCUGUAUCUACCUGGUGUUGAGUCUGAUGAGACUCCAGAACAAGAUUACGCAAGAUAUAUGCGAGAAUCAGACCAAGCCUGGUCUGCUCUUCAAUCUGCAUUCCGGCACCAACGUCAAUUCACCAAAGAAUUCCUUCGCGAUAUGUCGGAAGGUGCGCUGGAGAAAAUCACGAACCAGGUCCUCCAAUGGGUCAGUGAUAUUGAGUGGCCUAGCGGAGGAAAUGACGGUUUCUGGGUGUCUACGGCCCAAACCGCAGAAGAGUGUUGCAACAAGACAAAGGUUUUCAUGCAGGACAAGUACUGGCCAUUCACCAAAAUUAUCCGUGUCUAUCUCAACUCUCAGGUCUUGAAGACUGGCGUUGUCCUUGCGGACUUGCCUGGUCUUCAGGAUACUAACAUGGCGAGAGUCCGAGCAACACAAGACUACCUCAUCAAAUGUGACAACAUUUUCAUCGUCGCCAAGAUUUCCCGAGCCAUUACUGACCAGUCUCUAAAAUCAUCUUUAUUUUGGGUCAUAUCUCGUCACGUCCCAAUGGAGUGGGAAAAGUCGGGUGGCAAAAACUUCAAGUUGGCUGUUGUCUGUACAAAGUCGGAGGAAAUCAAUCAACGAACGGCGAGAACAGAGUUUUGCGGACCUAAUAAGAGGAUUCUCCCAGAGACCAUGGAGAAGCUUGACAAAGAGAUUGAAACUGCAAAGGCUGCAGGUGACAGAGUGGCAAAGAAGACUGCAAAGAGAAGACAAGAGCGUAUUCUCAUGCAGGCGAGAAAUGAUUAUGUCAAAGAGGGUCUACAACGCACCUACGCCGCUGACAUGGAAGGUGGGGCACUCAACGUCUUCUGUGUAUCCAAUACGAUGUACCAGAAGUACUGCCCGAAAGGAAAUACCGAGAGUGUAAUAGCCAGCGGGAUCCCAGACCUUCGCCACUUUUGUCACAGUAUGACUGCAGACGCUCAAUUGGGCGAAUCGAAGCAUUUCUUGCGGUCGAAGCUGUCGACGCUCAUCAAUUCACUUGAAUUGUGGACCAACAGCCACCAAAAUACCCAACUUGAAGAGGAAGUCGAUUUGGCUGAAUCCAUCUAUGACGAUUUGAACAGUGUCAUACGCGAGUUUCCUAAAUCCGUCACGGCAUUCCGAGAGGGUUUUAAUACAUGCUUCCAAGAACAAAUCAUGGAUUUGCUAGCCAAGAGAGAUCAGCAUUGGGAGCAAGUCGCCAGCGGUGAGGGGAGAAAAUGGCAUAGUUGGCAUUGGACCCAGUACCGAGCGUGGUGCCGAAAUAACGGCAACCACCAAACGGCCGGGCGGGACCAUGAGGAUUGGAAUGCCAAGAUUAUCUGGAAGAUGCGCAUGGAACUUGAGUACCAAUGGGACCUCGUGGAAGAUGAAGUCCCCGAGGUCUUCUCAGUUCUUUUGGACGCUACGAAAAGUCUAUUGGAAAGACUGAAAAUGACGAUUCAAGGCUACGCCACGUCUGAUUGCGUCACUCCUCUCGUCAGCAGUAUUGACUUCCAGAUCCAAAACCUCGAGUAUCUGAUCAAGCGGGAAGAGAGAACCUUUGUUGGCGAAGUGAAAUCUAUUCGUCGAUAUGCGUCAGAGUCGAAUUCAAACUCGUAUAUUCUGAAAGAAAUGGUCCCCUCCUAUCGUUCUGCCAGCAGCCAGUCAGGUAUCGGAAUGGCUGCGAGGCAAAGGGGAAUAGUCCAAGGCCACAUCGAGGACGGAAGUCUUUUCCCCAACCUCGGCAUUUCGAUUUCUACCAGCAUGGAGGAAUUGAUUACGUCGACAGAGAAUAAAUUGACGAAACCCUUCAAUGGUAUCUUAGAAAGCAUCAAGAGGGAUGUCGAUAUGGUGUUCCAGCAUCAGACAAGGGUUGAGCAGAGGCCGAGGGAGUCUGACGAAGAGAGGGAGAACCUGCUGAAACAGCUUGCAGUUGAAGUGAAUGGUCUGAAGCAGAGACAUGGGCUUUUAUUACAGACCAUUGAAGCGCUCUGA